UGUUGGUGGGGCUUCGAAGGAUCACUGCAGUCGUGUCGCGACUACGACGCGCGCUCGCGGCCUCGUCGCUCCGCACCCGUCAAUAUACCUUACGUAAUAAUAACUAAUCGAAACCAUCCAUCCCGAUAAUCAAUUGUGAAUAGUGAACUCUCGAUAAUUGUGACAUUCAAUAAUUUCUUUGUUUUUUAUUUUUUUUUAAAGUAACCAAGGAACGAUCGUGAACUUGUUUUGUGUACUUUGGUGUAAUGUUUUUGUUUUGAUUUCACACGGACAACUCAAAAGAUUAUUUUUGGGCGUAGCUGACUGUGUUUCGCAUUUUAUAAUUUUUUGGUGACUUUCGGACAUUGUGUGUUGUUGAAAGAGUUGAGACUUCCAACUGUUGGUGUGACGUAUUUUGACUUAGUUGUGCUAUGUGGACUUUUGUUGAAAACACAUUGUGAUUUCACAAAAAAAUCAACCAACAAAACGUCGAAGGGCGCAACACAAUAAGAAACAGAAACGUAAAGAACAAACGCGAAUAGCACGCGAUCGAAAAGAACAAUCGAGUAUCAUCGAUUUGUGAGACUUGUAACGAGCAUCUCUAGAUUUGAGAACUGAAAUUCAAACUUUCGAAUUUAGAAUGCGGUGUUCAGCUAUGGGAUCGCGAUCGAGCACAGGAGCGCGGGUGGGGAUGAGUCGGGGCUGAGCAAUCGGGGCGUGCGGACGUCCGGAUGCACCCGACGGGCGCGGCCAGUCUGCCCGCCGCACCCGAGGCGGAGGUGCAAGCUAUGCACUCAAUGGACUGGCUGUUUAAGAAAGAAAGGAUAUAUCUACUUGCACAGUUUUGGCAACAGAGAGCCACGCUGGCCGAGAAAGAGGUGACCACGCUCAAAGAGCAGCUGGCGAGCACCAGUCCCACGCCACUGCAGGCAGCCGUCCCAAAGACCAAUGGCUCCCAUCUAGAACCCACCCGGGACCAGGCGACGGAGACCAGGAUCCCCGACAUCUUCGACGUUAAGGAGGAGAAGAGAAGAACGCCCGAAAUUGAUGAGGAGGUAGAGCAGAAGAUGGAGAUGGCCGCGAUCGGGCGGAGCAACAGCAACUCCUCGCGGAGUAGCCCCGUGCUGCAGCACGCAGGCAAUCUGGAGACGGAGCUCGCUGCCAAAGAGAAAGAGAUAGCUCAACUAGUGGAAGACGUGAGAAGAUUGCAAGCGUCGCUGUCAGCGCUACAGGAAGCGCACGCGCAGCAGCUGCAGCGGCUAGAGGAGCGGCUUGAUGAGAAGAAACAACACAUAGCGCGCUUAGAAGCCAGGCUCGACACGCAGCGUGACUACGAUGACAUCAAGCGGGAAAUCAGUAUGCUCAGGUCGCUCGACUUGAGCGGGGGCGAGCGCUCGCUCGAGCGCAAACCAGAGCCGCUGCGCUCACCGCUCGCCGCGCAAGCGCUCCGCGACGAGCGCAGCUCUGUGGAGCGCGAGCGCAGCGCCGAGCGAAGAGAUACCGUUGGAACAAAAGAUGGGUCGACGACAGGCUUCGGAAGGCCAGAUGGGGAAGGGGACGAGAGACUCCAACACAUCCUGAACGAGGCUUCGCAUCUGUUGAAGACUCCCACGGGGCAGCCCAACAACGACGACUCCAGGAGCAACGAAGACUCCAGCUCACCUCGCACUCAGUGCCCAUCGCCGUUCUCUAAUAAGGAUUCGAGUCAAAACAGAAGACUUAAGAAAUAUGAGAACGAUGACAUUCCCCAGGAGAAAGUGGUGCGCAUAUACCAAGAGGAGCUGGCAAAGAUCAUGACCAGGAGGGUGGAGGACAUGCGGCACAGUCGGGACGGCUUUCCAACUGUUUUCCCCCCGUUUUUCAGCGGCGGGAUGGCGCCUCACAUGGAGCGGCCGCCGGAGGACAUCCGCAUGGCGCUGGAGGCCUACCACCGCGAGCUAGCCAAGCUGCAGCCCGGAGCCAACAUGCAGCUGCCCCUCCCUGGCGUCCCCGGAGUCCCGCCCUUCCCCAACCUCCUCGCGCUCCAGCACCAAGCCAUGCAGCAAGCCCAGCACCAGCACCACAACGGUGCCGGCGCGGUCCAAGAUCUCUCGUUACCUAAAGAUAAAAAUGCCAAAAUAAAUGGAAUGACUGAUAGUGAUAAGGAUAGGUCGAUGGACGCCGAAGAGGCUAUUAGGCAUGCGGGUAGCGCAUUUUCGUUAGUCAGACCUAAGUUAGAACCGGGCCAGCAGUCGACGGGCUCCUCCGCGUCCAGUCCCUUGGGGAACGCGAUUCUCCCGCCGGCGAUAACGCCGAACGACGACUUCAGUAGUUCAGCGGCGGCUAGUCCCCUGCAAAGAAUGGCUUCCAUAACGAACAGCCUCAUCUCUCAACCCUCGAACCCCCCGCACCAUCCGCCUCCCCAGAGAUCUAUGAAGGCCGUUCUACCUCCGAUAACGCAGCAGCAGUUCGAUCUCUUCAACAAUUUAAAUACGGAAGACAUCGUCAGGAGAGUAAAAGAGGCUCUGAGUCAAUACUCGAUCAGCCAAAGAUUGUUCGGCGAGUCGGUUCUGGGCCUGUCCCAGGGAUCAGUUAGCGAUCUGCUUGCGAGGCCGAAGCCCUGGCAUAUGUUGACGCAGAAAGGAAGAGAGCCUUUCAUACGGAUGAAGAUGUUCCUGGAGGACGAUAACGCAGUGCACAAGCUGGUAGCGUCGCAGUACAAAAUCGCUCCGGAGAAGCUGAUGAGGACUGGCAACUACAGCGGAGCACCUCCAUGUCCGCCAAACAUGAACAAGCCGAUGCCGCCGACGCAGAAGAUGCUGUCGGACGCCACGUCGCUGCUGAGCAAGAUGCAGCAAGAGCAGCUGCUGCCCCACCUGCCGCACCUGCAGCCCCCCCUGCUGCUCACGCCGCCCGGCUUCCCCCACGCGCUGCCCCCCCAUCCCCACUCCCACCCGCACCUCCACGACAACAACAACAAGGAGCGCAAGCCCCCCCACCAGCCCGUGCUGCGCUCGCUGCACCAGCACAUCUCCCCCAGCGUCUACGAGAUGGCCGCGCUCACGCAAGACCUCGACACGCAGACCAUCACCACCAAGAUCAAGGAGGCGCUGCUCGCCAACAACAUCGGCCAGAAGAUCUUCGGCGAGGCCGUGCUCGGCCUCUCGCAGGGCUCCGUCAGCGAGCUGCUGUCCAAGCCGAAGCCGUGGCACAUGCUCAGCAUCAAGGGCCGCGAGCCCUUCAUCCGCAUGCAGCUGUGGCUCAGCGACGCGCACAACGUGGACCGCCUGCAGGCGCUCAAGAACGAGCGGCGCGAGGCCAACAAGCGGCGCCGCUCCAGCGGGCCCGGCCAGGACAACUCCUCCGACACCUCCUCCAACGACACCGCCGACUUCUACCACGCGUCCUCGCCCUCGCCCGCGCCCGGCGCGCCCGCCGCCAAGAAGCAGCGCGUGCUGUUCUCCGAGGAGCAGAAGGAGGCGCUGCGCCUCGCGUUCGCGCUCGACCCCUACCCCAGCAUGCCCACCAUCGAGUUCCUCGCGGCCGAGCUCGGCCUCUCCACGCGCACCAUCACCAACUGGUUCCACAACCAUCGCAUGCGCCUCAAGCAGCAGGCGCCCCACGGGCUGCCCAACGAGCCGCCCGCCCGCGACCAGGCCGCGCCCUUCGAGCCCGUGCAGUUCCGCCUGCUGCUCAACCAGCGCCUGCUCGAGCUGCAGAAGGAGCGCCUCGGGCUCGCCGCCGUGCCGCUGCCCUACCCGCCCUACUUCGCCAACUCCAACCUGGCCGCGCUCAUCGGCCGCGGGCUCGCCGGGCCCGACGACGCCGGCAAGGACCAGAGCGGCGGCCUCGACCUCUCGAUGCCGCUCAAGCGCGAGCCGGACGCGGACGACUUCGACGACGACGACGUCGACAGCAACCUCGGCUCGGAGGACUCGCUCGACGACGCCGAGUCCAAGACGGAGCCGAAGGCGACCUCGACGCCGGCGGGGGGCGGCGGCGGCGGCGGCGGGGGCGGGGGGCGGUCGAGCCGGCGCAAGCCCGCGGCGCCGCAGUGGGUCAACCCCGAGUGGCAGGACGAGGCGCGCGCGCGGCACGACGACGUGCUCAUCAACGGCGUGUGCGUGAUGCGAGGCGACGCGGCCCCCGCGCCCCCCGACCCGGCGCCCCCCGCGCCCCCGGACCCCGACCCCGCGCCCCCGGCCCACCCCGCGCACCCCGCGCCAGCAGACAUCAAGACCGAGGCCGACGACGACCGGUGGGAGUACUAGCCCCGCCGCGAGGCCAAAGACUCUGAGCGCGGGCCGGCCGCGGCGCCGCCCGCGCCGAUACCGAAUGCAUUUCGCUUUAAUUUUUAACGUAGGGUACGCGCCCCGGCCGACGCCCCGGGGGCCGGCCGGGGCCCCGAUUCGAUCGAUGUAAAUAGACAUACCAAAUAUAGUGGCGGCCGCGUGUAAAUACGCCGCCCGUCGAAGGCCGGCGGCCGGGACCGAGGGCGGUUCGUUUAGUUGUUAAUGAAAUUUUAAAGUGCAAUCAGAUGUAAAUUUAAGCUAGGACCCGCGCCGAUCCCAGUUGAAAAGUAUUAUUAUGUUUAUGUGAACCGGUGAGGUUUUAAAUAUUAUCAUGAUCGGGUUGUAAGUUUUACUUUAAAUUAUGAAUGUUUAUUUUAUACUAUUGUAUGUUUUCUAUAUAGUUUUAUAUUUAACCGACCGACGGGACCGCUCAAGUUUGUGAUUUCUCGAGUGACUAACUUUUUUAUUUUUCUUUUCCCUAUUACGAAUUCCAUAUCUUGUAUUGUUUGUUUUUUUUUUAUAUUUAUAUAUUUUUAGAGAACGUACAAAUUUUAGAGACAAACGAGCGAAUCGUUGCGUUGAGCAAAUAAAAUAUUGCUUGUGGUUAUAAUUUUAUUUUAUUUUAGCAAUAAAUUUGCUUUUAAUCUGAUUUUUGUUUUCUUUUUCUUUUCGUCCUUAUUUUCUAUGCCGCUAGGUUAAAUAAAAAAUUAAAAUGUACAUUAAAAAGGAACCAUACUCCUUGCAUCAAAAUGUAAAUAGAUAAAUCCAGUUGCUAGUGUAAAUAAUAAGGAAAUUGCCACACUAGGUAGAGACGGUUACCCGAGUGACCGAAUGGCCACCCCCGCAUUCAAGUAUCAUAAAGGGGGUAAAAUAUUUCAUUGAUGAAUCAAAAUAAUUAUCAUUCUAAAAAUGUAUCCGCGGAAAUGUAACGAAGAUUAUCGCAAAAUAAAAAUAACUUUAGGAAAAAGUAUUACCAAAAAAAAUUGCAGUUUGGAAAGUUUUAAAUGUAACUCACGACGAAAUAAAUAAUCUUUCUAUAUGCAGUUUUAGAAAUACCAAACUUCAUACAUAUCGAUGUUUAUAUAAAAGAGUAAGUUAGGUUUUAAGAUAUAGCAUGUAAUAGUCAAUAUUAAAAUUAAAUAUUUAGGCUGUUUAACAGUAAACGGAAGUUUUGAAGUUAA